AGCUAGCUAGUUCUCACUCUUUCUCUAUAUAUAUAGAAGUAUGUGUGUUCGAGUCAUUUUGGUGUGUUACGUUGUAGCAAAAAUUAAAUAAAGCAGGCAUGGAUAUUGCCAUGGAUGAAUCUGCAGGCGUAAACCCAACUAGGCUUAAGGGCGGAAUGAUAGUUUGUUGGAUUCUUGGACUUGGAAAUCUUCUGGCAUGGAACUGCAUGCUCACUAUCGGAGACUAUUAUUAUCAACUCUUUCCUAAAUACCAUCCUUCAAGAGUGCUUGCCCUUGUGUACCAACCCUUCUCCAUUGCCACAAUUGCAAUACUGUCUUAUAAAAGUGAAGAGAUUGAUAGGAGGAAGCGGAACUUGGUGGGAUAUCUCUUAUUCACUUUAGGAACAUCUUCACUCCUACUGAUAGAUUUUGCAACGUCGGGGAAGGGGGGGCUCGGAGUCUACAUAGGCAUUUGUAUCAUUGUUGCUUCUUUUGGAGUGGCCAGUGCCCAUGUAGAAGGUGGUAUUGUCGGAGAAAUCUCAUCCAUGUCCCCAAAACUCAUCCAAUCCUUCUUUGCUGGAAUAGCUGCCUCAGGUGCACUCACUUCUGGACUUAGGCUGGUGACAAAAGCUGCAUUUGAGCUCUCCUCUCACAAUCUUAGGAAGGGAGUUAUCUUGUUUCUGACCAUUACCACAUUGUUGGAGUUGUUGUGCUUUAUUCUCUACGCAUUCAUUUUCCCAAAAUUACCAAUAGUGAAAUACCAUCGCUCAAAGGCCGCGGCUUUAGAGAGAUCGCCAAGUGAAACAACAUGUAAUAGGAUAAGCAAGAAGGAAUUGUUCAAAGAGAACAUAGAUUAUGCAUUGGACCUCUACCUCAUAUAUGCUCUAACCUUAUCCAUUUUCCCUGGAUUUUUGUAUGAGAACACCAUCGGGUCCCACAAGCUCGGUUCAUGGUAUCCUAAUGUUCUAGUAGCGGUAUUCAAUGUUUGGGAUCUCAUAUCAAGAUACAUACCACUUGUUAAGAGAAUGACAUUGAAAUCCAGGAAGGGAUUGAUGAUAGCGACGCUGUCCCGCUUCUUGUUGGUACCGUGUUUCUACUUCACAGCUAGAUACGGUGAAGAGGGAUGGAUGAUCAUGUUGGUGUCAAUCCUCGGACUCACAAACGGUUAUCUCACCGUCUCUGUCCUCACUGCAGCCCCCAAAGGCUACAAGGGAGUAGAGGCAAAUGCAUUGGGUAACAUGCUAGUGUCAUGUCUUCUUACUGGUGUGUUUUCUGGUGCGGCUCUUGACUGGUUGUGGCUCAUUGGCAAUAGUGACUUUUAAAUGAAAAGGCUCAGUACAUAAUGUUUUGAGGAUGUUUGAAAUUACAAAUUUAUAGUAAUUACUCCAUUCGAGAUUAUUAUCAAACGGAGUAGUAUAUGCGUGCGCGCACACACUACUCCUCAGUUUUAUGGUGUAAGUUAUUCAUGCAUGAAAACUCUGUUUGUUCCAAAUGUGUGAGCAGUGGGUUCCGAGGAACGCUGCAUACACAAGGUAUAGUUUGCUCAAUGCAACAUUUUAAGUAUUUAACUUACUCACAAAUGUUGUUCACAAUUAGCGUGCGGGUUCAGUGCUAUCGCAUGCACCUAGUACCCAAAAUGCUCCACCCCCUCCUCCCAAAGGUCACAUGGGAUCAACCCUUCAAAUAAUAAUACCAAGUCCCAUGCUAGUACGC